GCCCCUGAAUUAUGAAACAAAUUAAAAAAAAAUUCGUCAUGGCUGAUUGAAAAAUAAGUUGACGAAUUGUCAACUUUGUGAAAUUCUUUUAUUUUUUUGGCAUGAUCGGUAGUUUCAGAAAUAUUAUUUUGUAAUGUCUAGUAUUCAAUAAUUUUCUAAUGAAAUAAAUAUAUUUUCAUCAUGAACGGAUUAAGUUUUAGUGAACUUUGUUGCCUGUUUUGUUGUCCGCCAUGCCCGGGGAAAAUUGCGGCUAAGCUUGCGUUCUUGCCACCAGAACCCACGUAUGCAUUCACACCUGAUGAAACGGGAUCAAAAUUCUCUUUAACAUUAACGGAAAGAGCUGAAUGGCAGUAUUCUGAACGAGAAAAAGAAAAUAUUGAAGGCUUCUAUUCCAGAACAUCAAGAGGAAACAGAAUAGCAUGUCUCUUUGUUCGCUGCAGUCCUAAUGCACGUUUUACAAUACUAUUUUCUCAUGGAAAUGCCGUAGAUCUCGGUCAAAUGAGUAGUUUUUACUUAGGUUUAGGCACUAGAAUAAAUUGUAAUAUAUUCAGUUAUGACUAUUCUGGGUAUGGAGUAAGUGGAGGGAAGCCAUCAGAAAAGAACUUAUAUGCUGAUAUAGACGCUGCAUGGCAAGCUUUACGGACUCGCUACGGCAUAAGUCCAGAAAACAUCAUAUUGUAUGGUCAGAGCAUUGGAACUGUCCCUACUGUGGACUUAGCUGCUCGAUAUGAGGUUGGUGCUGUGGUGCUACAUUCACCGUUAAUGUCAGGCAUGCGUGUUGCAUUCCCAAACACUAAAAGGACAUGGUUCUUUGAUGCCUUCCCUAGUAUUGACAAAAUUCCAAAGGUUACCUCUCCAGUCCUUGUUAUACAUGGCACUGAAGAUGAGGUGAUUGACUUCUCUCAUGGUCUAGCCAUAUAUGAACGAUGUCCACGUGCUGUGGAACCUCUGUGGGUUGAGGGCGCCGGGCACAAUGAUGUGGAGCUCUUCAACCAAUAUUUAGAAAGACUGAAACGAACACCCCGAACUCCGAGCGGCCCCUCCGACCGCAAGGACAGCGACCGUGCUACAGCAGAGCAGCCCAUCGCCGACGUCAGCUCCCGUCCCAUCAACAUCAGCAUCAACGUGACCGCGGCCGACUCGCCCGUGUGCGUGCGCCGCCGCAUACACCUCCGCUCCCUCAGCGACGUGACGCCCGCGAGCCGGACCCUGGCGCCUCGCGCUCGGUCGCACUCGGAGCGGCCCCGCACCACGCCGCAGCCGUCGCCGGCGCACGUGCCGCCGGCCCCCCCGCGCGCCCGCAGCGAGCGCUCCUCCCCGGCCGCGUCCACGCUCGCGCUGGACGCGCCGCCGCUUCUCGGCGACCCUUGGCGGAAGAUGAGCGACCGCGAACUGACCGCAGCACGUUCAGCGCUCGAUCCUUGGGUGAAGAAGACGGCGCGCGAACAGAGCGCGGCGGAGGCUCCCCCGCGGCGGGGUAAGUUGGAGCGCGCGGCGCCGGUGUGCGAGACGUGCGGCCCCACCGCGGCGGAGUGCGCGUGCCGCCGCUGCACGUGCGAGCGGUCGCCGCGGCCGUCGCCCGCGCGCCUGCAGCCGCCGCGCCAGCCCGCGCGCGCGCACUCCGACGACGAGGAGCGCCCGCGCCGCCUCUACAAGUCCGCCUCGCAGAGAGCCGUCACGUCAGUCGACGCCGAGCCCAAGACUGCGGAUCCUUUACUAGAGACCACGUGCUGA